AUUUAGAACACCCCACAGCCCGAAUGCACCAGUUACCGCUUUCUGGGAGGUAAUCGACUCUGUGACUUAAGACCCGCAUUCAACAGCAUUUUGGUUUGUGGUCGGCGGUUCAUGUCAUUCUGCCGUGGUAAACCUUUGUAAUACGCGCCUGACAAGUUUGGGAGGAAGUAGCUGAAGAAACGGAACCUGAAUUUCGGACGUCUCGGUAAUGCAGUAAACUGGGGAAGAUCACUCGCUGCUUUUUUCCUCAGUUUCGGCGAUCAUUCAGCCAGUCAGCCGGUCUGCGUGGCUGAGGGCAGCCCGCAGAAAUGGAGGUUGUAGAGAGGGCCAGAGAGGCCUUUCUGUCUGGGAGGUCGCGACCCCUGAAGUUCAGAGUUCAGCAGCUGAAAUCUCUGCGCAAGCUGUUCCUGGAGAGGCAGGAUGAGAUCGCUGCUGCUCUAACACAGGACAUCAACAAGAGCCAGUAUGACCUGCAGUUGUAUGAGCUGAUUGGGAUAGACGGUGAGAUCCGAUUGGCCGUGGAGAGGCUCGCGGAGUGGGCGGCGCCCCGGCCGGUGGAGAAGAACCUGCUCACUCUGACUGACAGGGUGUUCAUCCAACCAGAGCCGCUGGGGGUGGUGCUGAUCAUCGGAGCCUGGAACUACCCCUGGGCCAUUACCAUCCAGCCCCUCAUUGGGGCUAUCGCUGCAGGAAACGCAGCAGUGGUGAAGCCAUCAGAAUUGAGUGAGAACUCAUCCAAGCUUCUGAAGGAGCUGCUUCCUCAGUAUUUGGACAAGGAGCUGUAUCCCGUGGUUACCGGGGGGGUCCCAGAGACCCAGGAGCUGCUGAAGUUGCGUUUUGACCACAUCUUCUACACGGGGAACCCCGCCGUGGGAAAACUGGUGAUGGAGGCCGCCGCCCGUCACCUGACCCCCGUCACCCUGGAGCUGGGGGGGAAGAGCCCCUGCUACAUCGACAAGGACUGUGACAUCACAAUCGCCUGCCGACGGGUCACCUGGGGAAAGUUCGCAAACUGCGGCCAGACCUGCAUCGCCCCCGACUACGUCCUGUGUGAGGCCAGCAUCCAGGACCGCGUGGUGGAGGAGAUCGGCCGCACCCUGCUGGAGUUCUAUGGCGACGACCCCAUGACCUCCCCAGACUAUGGACGCAUCAUCAAUGCGCGCCACUUCAAGCGGGUGAUGGCCCUGCUGGAGGGGAGCGAGGUGGCCCUGGGGGGCCAGAGCGACGAGGCGCAGCGCUACAUCGCCCCCACGGUCCUCCGGGACGUGCAGCCGGACUCCAAGGUGAUGCAGCAGGAGAUCUUUGGCCCCCUGUUGCCCAUAGUAACGGUCAGCGGGCUGGACGAGGCGAUCCGCUUCAUCAACGCCAGAGAGAAACCGCUGGCCCUGUACGUCUUCAGCUCCAGAAAAAGAGUGAUAAAGCGAAUGAUCGCGGAGACGUCCAGCGGAGGAGUCACCGCCAACGACGUCCUGAUGCACUACGCCGUCCCCUCCCUGCCGUUCGGGGGUGUGGGUAACAGCGGGAUGGGCAGCUACCACGGUAAGCACACCUUUGAGCAGCUGAGCCACCUGCGGUCCUGUCUGGUCAAGCCGCUGGCCCUGGAGGGCCUGAACCAGUUGCGCUACCCGCCCCAGGGCCCCGCCCGCCUGCGCCGGGCCCAGCUCCUCACGCAGGCAGCCCUGUGCAGCUGCCCCCGGCCCGUCUGCGUCUGUGCAGUCCUGGCCUCCAUCACGGCUCUGGGCCUGCUGGUCGCACUGCUGGUGGUGCUGCUCAAGGACUCUGCGUCAUCCUGAUCUUCUUGCUCAUAUGGACAUCGACAUAGCUUGUUUCUGGGGUUCGAGGUCAAAGGUCAGACUCCUGGCAUAACCCAGGCGUGCCGGGUGUGUUGGGGACACGCGUGUCGUCCGCGUGUAAGACCCGUGCCAAGGUGCCUUUGAGUCACAUGGUACUCCCUGGUGCUUCCACGGGUGUGGUCUCGCAGCAGCAUAACAUCACACUAACUAAGUAUAUACACUAGCACUUACUAAAUUAAAUGUGCAGUGUUACGAUACUGAUAUCAUGAAAUUGCUACAUUGAUAUAUUGUCUCUGUGUGUCCAACCUCGAGGUAUUUUGCAUUGCAGUGUUUAUAUUUUGUGUCACAUGACCACGUGUUCCAUUUCCACGUUUGCAGAAUGCAAAGUAAUCUGAUUAUUCCAUGAAAGAACCAUGUAAAAUAUAACCAAGUGUUUAAUUCAUGAAUCUGUUUUGUGUUUCUAAAAAAGGAGAAUUUAUAAUAUCAGUGGAUUAAAAAAAGAAUUCUUCUUGGAUAUGAAGAAAGGGGAAAUGUAUGUAGGUCCCCUUUUAGGAAUGUAACUAACUGCUGUGAGGCAAUUUUUGUGGUAAAUGUAUUGUACUUAUUUCAUACAAAAAUAGGAUUUUAGGAUCCAACUUGGUGUGAUAUUAUGUCCAACAUUAAACUUGAGGGGAGAUUCACUGAGCCUAACUGUUGUGAUCACAACAAAGUUGAGUUUUGGGUAGAAAGAAAGGUGACAAAGGUAAAGAUGUCCUUGUCUGUGGUAGUACUUGCUGUGACCACUAGGUGUCACUGAAAACAAACCGUGCUGGUUUAGAACCAGGUUCCAGGCCUUUCAGUGGGAUUUUGCUGUCCUGCCUUUCUCUUGCUAAUACAGUGACCCUCAGUCUGGGUCCUGUGGAGCCACAGGGUCUGCUGGAUGUUUUUUAGGUUUUACCACAGCCAGUUCCGCCCUAGCUCAGAAGCCAGGUGACUGAGUGACUGACUUAUGGAAUGGGUGAGAUGGUGAAUGAGUGAGGUGAUGAAUGAGUGAGAUGGUGAACGUGUGAGAUGGUGAAUGAGUGAGGUGAUGAAUGAGUGAGAUGGUGAACGUGUGAGAUGGUGAAUGAGUGAGAUGGUGAAUGAGGUGCAUGAAUCACCCCAGAUGUGCACAUGAAUAAAAGUUAUAUUAAUCAAACAGCA